AUGGGCGGACGGCCGUCUGGUGCAGUUGGACGACCAUCUGCCCCUAACGGUAGCCUAUGGACGGCCGUCUGGCUAGAGUGGAUGGUUGUCUGCCCCCAACGGAAACCCCUGGAUGACCAUCUGCUCAAAGUGGACAGCCAUCUGGUCCCAACGGCCACCUCCGAACGGCCAUCUGCCUUAAACAGAUGA